CAUGUGUCUGUGUGCGUGCGCGUGCAUGUGUCUGUGUGCCUGCGCGUGCAUGUGUCUGUGUGCCUGCGCGUGCAUGUGUCUGUGUGCCUGCGCGUGCAUGUGUCUGUGUGCCUGCGCGUGCAUGUGUCUGUGUGCCUGCGCGUGCAUGUGUCUGUGUGCCUGCGCGUGCAUGUGUCUGUGUGCCUGCGCGUGCAUGUGUCUGUGUGCCUGCGCGUGCAUGUGUCUGUGUGCCUGCGCGUGCAUGUGUCUGUGUGCCUGCGCGUGCAUGUGUCUGUGUGCCUGCGCGUGCAUGUGUCUGUGUGCGUGCGCGUGCAUGUGUCUGUGUGCCUGCGCGUGCAUGUGUCUGUGUGCCUGCGCGUGCAUGUGUCUGUGUGCGUGCGCGUGCAUGUGUCUGUGUGCUCCGCUCCCAAGUGGGAAGGCCGGUUACGAGGGCUCGUCCGAGGAGUACAUCGAGGCGAACAUCCAGCUGGCCCUGGCGCUCAUCCGCCGGCUGCAUGGCGCCACGGGCACCACCGCCAAGAUCGUGCUGCCAGACGGGCCUGAGAAACGUCGCUGCUCUCGUCGGUUCAAGGCUGCAUUUGACAUGACUGACGGCGUCUCUCUGGGUUGCUUGGAGGACGACCCAGUGGCAGCAGGGGGCGAGACAGGGGUGGCCAGCCAAAGUCAGCAGAGCAGCGGUGGUGGCGGUGGCUUCUUCUCGUCGCUCAAGAACGCCCUUGACCUCGACUUUGGCGGGGAGGAGAAAGGCGAGUGGCUGAUCCCCUGCCGCUCCGACCUCUACGUCAUCACCAACUGCAGCUGCCAGGAGCUGCCCGCUGUCGAGCGCUACAUGGAGAAGCUCCCUGCUGGCACUCCAGUGCUGCUGUUCAACCUGGAGCUCGACACCCUCAGAGCCGACCUGGGGCUGCUGGGCUUCCCCCCCAAGGACCUGCACUACCGCUUCCUCGCGCAGUUCCUCCCUGUCUUCUACCUCCGCACACGCGACUACUCCAAGAGUGUGGCUGUAGCCCCGUUUAUUCUAAACUACAGUGGAGCGCUCUUCAGAAUGUACCCAGCGCCCUGGCAGGUGAUGCUGAAGCAGGAGCGCACCGGCUCCUACGUGUGUGUGGCGGAGGGCCCGCAGCGAUUUGCCCUGGGAGAGGUGAAGGAGGAGCUGCAGCGGUCGUUGGGGCUGGAAGACGAGGAGGGGUCCACCAUGCAGUUCCUGCGGCGGGGGUACAAGACCACAACGUGGUGGGAAGAGAAGUCGGAGCAAGAGCAGUCCACGCAAUGGAGAAGCUGAGCAACCUAUCGCCUUUCUUGUGUUCUUCCAACUGGUGUGCUGCUGAGUCCUGCCAUAAAGUCAUUUGUUUUUCAUUACUGAUGAGUUAGAACGAUCUGUAGGAAGUCCCUGAUAUGGUAAUAAAAAGCACACACAAUC